AUUCAGCAGUUGGGAGAGGAGGAUUGUCUGGUCCCUCAGCCUCGUGGGAGUCUACCCAAAGCCUGUGCAAUAGGAUUGACCACCGUGGUGACGACGGCCAUCUUGGUUUUGGAGCCUAAGGGCUUCUUCAGACACGUUGCCGCAGCGAUACUCAUCCUGACUGUGGGGCCCUCGCUGCACGGAGUGUUUCUUCUCUCAGAGGAAUGUCUGCAUCAUGCAAUUACCAGGUGAGGCAACUUAACUUCCAUACUCACAGUCAUACUCAUACUCACAAAACAUGGUAGCCAAAUAAAUAGAUUGAUAUUUACAUGUUACCUGCCUCCCUCUCUACCUCUCUCUCUCUACCUCUCCCUCUCUCCUUCUCUCACCCAUCUAUUUACCCAGGUACCGUGGUAGGAGGCUGGGUCAGAUGGUGACAGCCUGUGUGGGUGUGUGUACUCUCCUGGGUGUGGAGUUGGCAGUGCUGCUGUUUGGCCUGACCGAGCCCCAGCCCUGGAGGGACCAGUGGAGCAUGGUGAUCUUGGCCUGUGGCCUCUACCCUCUACUCAAAACCUUGGGAGUACUGGUGAGAUAACAAGAGCCUGAUCUGGAACUCUCACACAAAGUAUGAACCAACACAGUACCCUGUGUGUCUCCAGCAGGAUGGGGGCGAAUUCCAUUUAAAUUCCAGUAAAUUCAGGAAGUACCCUGAAAUUCCAAUUCCAAUUCCAAUUAUUUUCAAUGCUUUACAAUGAGGAAAAUGUGGAAUUGGUAUUAGUUUUACUGUCUGAAUUGACUUUGAAUUGAAAUGGAAUUGACCCCAACCCUGCUCUCUAGGAUGAGUUUUAAUCAUCAGUCUGGUGUGGAUCUCCAAACCCUCUCCUUUAUGCCACUAAUAACAUAGUUUAGCUUCCUAAAGCCAAUGAUACUGAACGAGACUGUAGCUUACAUGCUGCUGUAAAAUGCUGACUGUGUGGUAGUGUGAUUCUUGAUUGAUUCUUGUGGUUUUUGAUUGCUCAUCGUGGUUGUGGUUUCAGUAAGUCCCCUGAAACCCCCCAAAAGGAGACCCAAACCUCCUUCCAUUAGUUAUCAGAAGUCACAUUGACUUCAGUAGGCAGCAAAUACAGCAUUCAGCUUUAAUCUUGUUGUGGUUAAUUUCUUCAGAAAAUCAUGAUUCCUGAAAAUGUCAAAGGAAACUAGUUUUUUCUUCCCUAAAUCACCACAGAGUGAACCUGGAAAGAGCCGUGUAUCCAAUGAGGUUUAAGACAAUGUUCAUGCAGUCUUAAGUCCCUGGGUAGGACCAUUUAGGAACCCUGAGGUUUUCUGACACCCACACACAAACUCCCACACACAAAGCUCGGAUAAUAUUCAUAACAGUAAUUCCGAUCUUUUUAUACCAGAUUACCUGCAUGUCUGUCUCUUGGCCUGUGAGUAAUUCUGGUUAUUUUCCGGUUGUUGUUUCUCUCUCCCAUGUCCAGGGUCUGUCUGAAGUGGAGGUGUCAGAGAUCUGUGAGAAGAAGAAGGUGAACGUGGCUCAUGGCCUGGCUUGGUCUUUCCACCUGGGCUACCUCAACCUGGUUCUGCCUUGUUAGUAGACUACCAUUAGCUCACACACACAAAGAAAAUAAUAACCUCUGGAUUUGAUGUUGAUUAAUCACAACGAACACAGUCAGAGAGAAGGCUGGACUUAUCUUUACAGGGCCAUUUAUAUAAGCGUUUUCUGUAGCCUAACAAAAGCUAUAUCAUGUCAGCUGUGUGUAUUUGUUUAUCUGUGUUUCUGUGGUAGGGUUGGAGGUUUCUAUCGCAUAAUUCCGUGCCUUAAUUAUGGCAGGUCCGUUUGAGACCAGGGGUUCCAGAAAGUUCCUCAUCCUCCUCCCUCUCAACGCCAACAUCGCUCACAAGCUGGAGGACGAGGACACCAACAUCUGUUUCCAUGACAACCUCCCUAACACAGAGAUCGACAGGGCAGGGAUCAGGGGGCUUGUCUACAAACACAGUGUGUACAGCCUAUUGGAUGAGAACAGACAGGCUGGAACCGGUGUAGCUCAGUUGGUAUUGCAUGGUGUUUGCAACGCCAGGGUUGUGGGUUUGAUUCCCACGGGGGGCCAGUAUGAAAAAAUUAAAUAAAAAUGUAUGCACUCACUAACUGUAAGUCGCUCUAGAUAUGAGCAUCUGCUAAAUAUGUAAAAUGAUUACGUUAUGGUCAGCCACCUUCUCAGACACUAUCCCAAAGUGAAAUGCAUCACACUGGCACCACCAUGUGGUCAAAUUUGUGAAUCAACAGUGAGUGAUUAAGAAGCUCUGGAAAAUACAAAAAGAAUGUGGAAAAGCCCAACAGUUGCGCCGCUGUGGACAAUCUAUAAACCUGUUUGCAGAAUAUAUAUAUAUAUAUUUUUCUUAAUCUCAGUAUUCCCUGUUUGUGUGUGUGUGUCUGUAGGUCCAUCACUGUGUUGUGGAGUAUGCCACCCCUCUGCUGACACUGUAUAAGAUGUCUCAGGAGAGC